AGGAAGAUGGGACAAAGUAAAACAAUUACGAUGGGAGGGAUUUCUUGUGUAAAAUGACAUUCAGUUAGGAGACAUCAAGACAGAGGAGCUUACUGAGGUUCCUGACGUGUAUGGGACGUGAACCCUCGUUAGGAUGAAUACAGUAUCUCCUUCUACAUUCUACAAGGAGAAGGCAUCAAACUAUGAAUUAACUGUGAAGAUCAUAAAAGCUCAGAACAUCCAUGGAGCAGAUAUUGUGAGCAAACCGGACUGCUACAUAUGCUUGUGGCUUCCAACAUCCUUGGCGGAUAAGAAGAGAACCAAGACCAUUUGGAAUAAUGUAAACCCAGUCUGGGAUGAAACAUUUCACUUCAGAAUCCACAGCCAGGUUAAGAACAUCCUGGAAUUGUCUGUGCAUGAUGCAGACGUAGGGACAGUAGAUGACCAUCUGUUCACCGUGAGCUAUGACCUUGCAAGUCUUCCACUCAAUGAAAACGUGGUGGAAAACUUUACUCUCAAUAAAGAGUUUCAGGUCGAGCUUCAAGUGGAAUUUAAUCUCGUUGUAAUCCCAGAAUCACAUAAAAAGGUCACCACUAAUGGAGUCCUGGUGUGUCCUGAGAUGGUGGCUCUGGAAGUAGAAGUGCACAAACAAAGGAGAGAACCCUUUAAAAAGAAAACGGAGCUUGCUCUCUCUGUACAAGGCUCCUUCGAAGAUUCACACAGGAUAUUACUGAAGUCAAACUCCGGUCAUGAGCUCAAUUCAUGUGAGACUGCAUAUUUCCAUUUUCCACGAGACCUGGGAACAGAAAUGACAGCCAACCUGAGCAGAGUUUACUCCUCUUUCGACGUAACCUUUACCAAUGAAACAGAAAAUGAUGGUUCAAACCAAACCACCGUACCACUCAGUUUAAUAUCUCCUAUGGAGAAUUACAUUGAUGUCCAAGUACCUGCAUUGGAAGGAAAGCCUUUGGACAUGCAAAUCAGAUUAAAUGAAUGCCCAGAAAAGCUUGAUAUGAGGCUGGGGUUUGAUUUAUGUGAUAAAGAGAAAAUAUUUCUUGAAAAACGCCAAAGACUGGUAGCGGACACGUUGAAAAAAGUACUGCAGCUGGAAGAGGAUUUGGUCGGUGAAGAGAUUCCAGUUGUGGCAAUCAUGGCAACAGGUGGAGGAGCCCGCGCUAUGACCUCUUUGUACAGUCAUUUGCAUGGACUUCAGAAGAUGGGUCUGCUGGACUGUGUUACAUACAUAGCAAGUGCAUCUGGUUCCACAUGGACCACAAGCAAACUGUAUGAGGAUCCUAACUGGUCGCAAAAGGAUCUGUCGGAGGCCAUAAAAAAUGUAAAGAAGCACGUGACCAAAAAUAAGAUGAACACCUUCUCACUGAGCCGUCUUAAAUACUAUCGCAAUGAGCUCCAGCAGGCGAGCAAAGAUGGCCUGAAACCCUCAUUCACUGACCUUUGGGGACUAAUGAUUGAAUCAAUGUUCAACAAUGGGAGAAAUGAGACCAAGCUUUCCGAACAACAACCAGCCUUGGACAAUGGUCAAAACCCAUUACCCAUUUACCUUGCUAUGAAUGUAAAACAAAACACCAUCAGCACAGUGGAUUUUAAAGAGUUUUGUGAAUUUACCCCUUAUGAAGUAGGACUCCUCAAAUAUGGCGCCUUUAUCCGAACAGAGGAUUUUGGUAGUGAAUUCUACAUGGGGCACUUGAUGAAGAAACACCCAGAACAACGUAUUUGCUUUCUACAAGGUUUAUGGGGAAACGUCUUCUCCUUGAAUUUAGUGGACACUUGGUAUUUAACAACACAACUGGAUACCUUCUGGGAGACGUGGGUUAAAGACAGAAUUAAGGAUAUUGACAAAGAAGAUAUCCUGGUGAGGAGAGAAUCUGCGCAGACAAAAACCCAUCUGUUUACCCCUGCUGGUACUUUCAGUCGCAUUUGGAAGGGGUUAUUGACCAACAGGCCCAUAGAUGGGGAGCAAUACAAUUUCUUGCGGGGACUUUACUUACACAAAGAUUAUCAUCAGCAGCCACAGUUCAACACAUGGAAAGAUUCUGAUUUAGACAACUUUCCUAAUAAGCUCACACCACUUGCUGACAAUCUGUGUCUUGUGGACGCUGGUUAUUUCAUUAAUGCCAGUUUUCCGCCUUUACUCCGAACAGAGAGGAAAGUCGACGUCAUAAUAUCUUUUGAUUAUACGCUAGACACCCCCCUUCAGUCUGUGGAACAGACGUGUAAUUACUGCACGACACAAGGGAUUGUAUUCCCUAAGGUAUCGCUGAGUGAGGAGGAGAGGAAGACACACAAGGAGUGCUAUGUUUUCAAUGAAAAAGAUAAUAAUGCGUGUCCUAUUAUACUUCACUUCCCCCUUGUGAAUGACACUUUCAAAAAAUUUAAGGAACCAGGUGUAUUAAGAUCUCCAGAAGAAAUGUCAGAUGGGAAUGUGGAUGUUACGGGAGCCUUUUCCCCCUAUUUUCUAACAAACUUUUCUUACAGUGAGCAGGACUUUGACAGAUUGAUGAAACUAACCCAGUACAACCUCUCAAACAACAGAGAGUUAAUCCUAGAUGCUCUGCACAUUGCAGUACAGAGCAGAAAAGCGAGGAAUCUUUCGCAUGAAAUUCAUCAAGUUCAAAAGAAAACUUAACACCUGGAUUCCAACAAUUGGAAGCUCGUAGCAGCAUUUUCACGGGACUCUGUUGGAAAUACAUAUUUAAAUCUUACAAAAUAUAGUCAACUCAUGUGAACAUUUCUGUGUGGUAUAUAAAGCAGGUAGGGUGGAGCAGCACUAUUGAAGCUGAACCAUGUGGGUGCUAAGUUUCAGAGGGUAGAACCCCAAACCCUCCAUGGAAAUUGGCUCUAGAAGAAAGAAGCAACACUACCCAGGAUCCAAUGCAAGUGGAAGUUCAUUCACCCAGCGUUACAAGGCAACAUCUCAGCUCUUCAUUGAAGACCAUUUCUAGCCAUUUUCAAGCUUGAAAAUGACUUCUCAUGGGUUGCGCCAAGCCUUAAAGGGGUCGGCCACUUUCUGUUUACCGUUGACCAAUGUGUUUGUGAGAUGAUUAUAUGGCACUUACUAAUAUAGUCUUUGUUGAAAUUCUGCACCACUUUUAUAUUUCAUAAGGUACACCACUUUGAAUACUAAGUCUGUUGUGAUGUCCACACAGAGGUCCUGUCCAUAAGAUGGCCGCUGAUGGAGGGUCAUGUGACCAGGCAGAUCACCUCCAUGUGAUGCCUCCUCUAUUUAAACACACAGCACGUGCACUAAACUCUCAGCAGAACAAGUGCAGUUGACACCGUAGUUCACUGUGCAACAACUGAGAAAGGAUGAAACUGCAGGAUCAAUGACUAGAGAGAACAGUCUGCUUGCCAGGAGCCUAAUCGUGCCUUCACACGCUGCAGAAUUUGUUGCAGAUAUUUCCACGACUGAAACUCGGUUCCAUUCACCAAAAUGGGGCUUGCAGAAAUCCAUGUGCAUUAAAAUGAAUGGAACUGAUUUUCAGUGGCUGAAAUUUCUGCAACAUAAUCUGCAACAUGUGAAGGAGAUCAUCUACUGGUAGAACCUGACUACAGAGGAGACUGUUUGUAGUCAGGACUCACUAGUCAGACAAAUAAUUCUGUAAACUACUAGCAAAUUCUCCUAAAGUUGGUAACUGAAUUUGGCAAAGCUUAAAUACCUAGAACAAUCAUCACUACUAAAAAUAUGGUGUUCUGAAUAUAUGGACAGCUUACGGACCUAUGUAAACAGCUGAUUGGUGGGGCUGCCAAGAGGCGGACCCCCAUCCAUCUAAUAUUGAUGGCCUGCCCUAAAGAGCUAUAACUACACACUUCAGUGUCAAAAACAAGUCCUCAUAUCUAUUUGAUGUUACCACAUUUGUUUAAUUGCCGAUGCUGUUGAUCACAUUAAACAUUUCUAUGACAAAGAGCAUAAUUUUAUACUAGUAUAGUAAGACGGAUGUUCUCAUGGCACUGCCGGUUCUGGUCCAUGACCCCUAAAUUAUCAAUUGUCAAGAUUAGCAAGACAAGUUUCAGAUUUCACUGAUUUCAAUUUAUGUAUCAGUCGCAUUAUGGUCCUUCUUUUUCAAUAAAGCUCUGCAUCACACAAAGUAAAAUAAAAAUAAAAUAUCCAAUAUCCCCUACUUUAUAGUUAAAUAAUCAGGAUAAAUGUGCAUUUUGGCAAAGGGCUUGGCAUAGCUGAUCACUCCCUCAGCCAGACUACUGCAGGAUAUGUUACAGCAGUGAAGAUCUCUGCAUCUAGAAGCUGAAAACAGUCAAUAUCCAGCCUCAAUAAUCAACAAUUGUAUAGUAGUAUAUAUAUCCUGAACGUAGGAAGAAAAUGAAGUAUAGAUAUUCAUAUUCAAUGUACUUAUUAAUGUGUAUAUUUAAGUAAUUGAUAAUAAAUAAU